UGAGCAAGAAGAUGAUAUCUCUGUCCAUCAGAUGGGCACCGGCAACCAUGCUGUUUCUACCAUCCUCACUGCUGAUUCUCUUAACUGUGUCAACUCCUUCGUCGUGUCAGAGCAGUGACAUGAUGUCUCCAAAAGCUAGUAAUGGGACUCCGUUCCCCUGGGAGAAAAUGCGACUUCCUGAGCACAUCAUCCCAGUUUAUUAUGAUCUCCUGAUCCAUGCAAAUCUCACGACUCUGACUUUUGAGGGAACCACGGAGAUAGAAAUCACAGCCAGCCAGCCUACUAGUACCAUCAUCCUGCAUAGUCACCUCCUGCAAAUAUCUAAGGCCACCCUCAAGACGAGAGUCGGAGAGAGGCUCUCUGCAGAACCCUUGAGAGUCCUGGAGUACCCGCCUCAUGAACAAAUCGCACUUCUGGCUCCCGAGCCUCUGGCUGUUGGGAUCCCAUACACGGUUGUCAUUGACUAUGCUGGCCAUCUUUCUGAGCAUUUAAAUGGAUUCUAUAAAAGCACUUACAGGACCAAGGAAGGGGAAGUGAGAGUACUUGCAUCAACACACUUUGAACCCACUGCAGCCAGAACGGCCUUUCCCUGCUUUGAUGAACCUGCCUUCAAAGCGAAUUUUUCAGUCAAGAUCAGACGGGAGCCAAGACACCUCGCCAUCUCCAAUAUGCCACUGGUUAAAUCUGUGACUGUUGCUGAAGGACUCAUAGAAGACCAUUUUGAUGUCACUGUGAAGAUGAGCACCUACCUGGUGGCCUUCAUUAUUUCAGAUUUUAAGUCUAUUAGCAAGAUGACCAAGAGCGGAGUCAAGGUUUCCGUAUACUCUGUGCCAGACAAGAUCCAUCAGGCAGAUUAUGCACUGGAUACCGCAGUGACUCUUCUAGAAUUUUACGAGGAUUAUUUCAGCAUUCCAUAUCCCUUACCCAAACAAGAUCUUGCUGCAAUUCCGGACUUUGAGAGUGGUGCUAUGGAAAACUGGGGACUGACCACAUACAGAGAAUCUAGUCUCUUGUUUGACAUUGAGAAGUCUUCGGCAGCAGAUCAGCUUGGCGUUACUAUGAUAGUGUCGCAUGAACUCGCUCACCAGUGGUUUGGGAACCUCGUCACCAUGCAAUGGUGGAAUGAUCUUUGGUUAAAUGAGGGAUUUGCCAAGUUUAUGGAGUUUGUGUCGGUCAGUGUGACUCAUCCUGAACUGAAAGUUGACGAUUAUUUCUUCGGCAAGUGUUUUAAUGUGAUGGAGGUAGAUGCAUUAAAUUCUUCACACCCUAUUUCAACAGCUGUGGAGGAUCCUGCUCAGAUUCGGGAGAUGUUUGAUGAGGUUUCUUAUGAAAAGGGAGCUUGUAUUCUGAAUAUGCUGAGGGAUUAUCUCGGUGCCGACGCAUUUAAAAGCGGUAUUGUGCAGUAUCUCCAGAAGUACAGCUACAGAAACACAAGAAAUGAGGACCUGUGGGAUCGUAUGGCAAGUAUUUGCCCUACAGAUGGCACAGAAAGGAUGGAUGGCUUUUGCUCCAGGGAUCCGCAUUCAUCUUCAACCUCACACUGGCGACAGGAAGGCCUUGAUGUAAAAACCAUGAUGAACACGUGGACGCUGCAGAAGGGCUUUCCCCUGAUAACGGUCACGGUGAGGGGGAAGAACGUGCACAUGAGGCAGGAGCACUACAGGAAAGCACCCGAGGACGCCUCAGAAACUGGGUACCUGUGGCAUGUUCCAUUGACAUUCAUUACCAGCAAAUCAGACUCAGUUCAAAGAUUUUUGCUGAAGACAAAAACAGAUGUGCUCAUCCUUCCAGAAGAGGUAGAAUGGAUCAAAUUUAAUGUUGGAAUGAACGGUUAUUACAUUGUGCAUUAUGAGGAUGAUGGGUGGGAUUCUUUGACUGGCCUUUUAAAAGGCGCACACACAACAAUCAGCAGCAAUGACCGGGCCAGUCUCAUCAACAAUGCAUUUCAGCUCGUCAGCAAUGGGAAGCUAUCAAUUGAAAAAGCGUUGGAUUUAACCCUGUACUUGAAACGUGAAACUGAAAUUAUGCCAGUGUUCCAAGGUUUGAAUGAGCUGAUACCUAUGUAUAAAUUAAUGGAGAAAAGAGAUAUGAAUGAAGUGGAAAAUCAAUUCAAGGCCUUCCUCCUACGGCUGCUGAGGGACCUCAUUGAUAGCCAGACGUGGACAGAUGAGGGCUCCGUCUCCCAGCGCAUGCUGCGGAGUCAGCUGCUGCUCCUUGGGUGUGUGCGCAAGUAUCAGCCCUGCGUGCGGAGGGCAGAAGCCUACUUCAGAGAGUGGAAGGAAGCGGAUGGAAAUUUGAGCCUGCCCAGCGACGUGACCUUGGCAGUGUUUGCUGUGGGGGUCCAGAACCCUGAAGGAUGGGAUUUUCUUUAUAGAAAGUAUCAGUCAUCACUGUCUACUUCUGAGAAAGAAAAAAUUGAAUUUGCCCUCUGUAUUAGCCAAGAUGAGGACAAGCUUCAGUGGCUACUAAAUGAAAGUUUUAAGGGAGAUGUAAUAAAAAUUCAAGAGUUUCCACAUAUUCUUGGAGCUGUUGGUAGGAACCCGGUGGGAUAUCGAUUGGCCUGGCAGUUUCUGAGGGAAAAUUGGGAUAAACUGAUACAAAAGUUUGAACUUGGCUCACCUUCCCUAACCUAUAUGGUAAUUGGAACAACAAGUCAGUUCUCCACAAGAGCACGGCUUGAAGAGGUAAAAGAAUUCUUCAGCUCUUUGAAAGAAAAGGGUUCUCAGCUACGUUGUGUCCAGCAAACAAUUGAAACCAUUGGGGAAAACAUCCGUUGGAUGGAUAAGAAUUUUGAGAAGAUCAGAGUGUGGCUACAGAGCGAGAAGCUUGAACUGCUCUAACAGUUUGUUCCUCGCUGGUUCCUGUGAUGCAUUAUCGCUAAAAUGUUGUCAAAUGUGAUUAUUUUCAAAUUAGAGAUGGCUGUUUUGGCUCCACUGAAGAUACUUCCUUUUCCUUCUUCCUCAUUGGACUAUUCCUAUGAAAAGA